GUUUUCGUGUUGCCUUGGAAACGGAAGUUCUGUUCCAGUAGUUGUGUGGCUAAUCUCAUUUCGCCAUAAUGAAUCCUGAAAAUUGUGAGGGAACUUUGGCUGUGCCUCUAGAAAACGCACUAGACUCCAUCCAGUGCAUCAGAGACCGAGUCAGAGAUGGAGAAUCAGGUGAUCAGGAUGGACCAUUCGAUCUCUCCAUGUUCUGGGACACUUUGAACCAUGCAGUGGAGGCAACGUCUCAGGAUGUAACUAAACUGAGCUUGGCCUUCUCUAGACCCCCUCUGCCAUCUUUACAAGAUGGAGAAAAGCUGGUAGAGUCUGUUUUGAACAGCCUACAGGCUCUGAGUGAAGUUUAUCACCGCCUUCACAAAAACCAAGGGAUGACUCUCCGGCGACAGGUCAGGAACGCCACUGUGGAGGUGCUGGACGGCAUUUUACGGCUGGUGGAUGUUAUAAUCAGCUCACCAAUGCAAAGCCUGACUCAGGAGCAGAUCACAUCCACUAGAGAAGUUUGGUCUGCCUGUGAUCGCUUUGUUCGGCUACCAAAAGACAACAAGGAAGCCCUGCUGGUCGUUGUGUCGUCUCAGUCUGGAGUUAUAAAAGAUGCCCUUGACGAAAUGAAACAUGUCUUAUUCGAACCUGAGGACCCGUUCAGGGACUGCGUCAUUGAUGACCCAGAAGACGGCUCUGACCAUGACGUUCCCCCCUGCCACCAGGACAUGUCCCUGACAGAGAAGGACCGGCAGGUGAUCAGAGCUUGUCUGGAGAUACUUGAAACAGCUGCAGCCUGUCUGAGGAAACUCAGGUCAGCCGUCGAAGACAACAGUGACACUACUGAACCUCAAAAGGUCGCUCAGCUGGACGAUCUGGCCGACAUCACCCGGGAAAUCAGCCCCAGUGUGGAAGAUCUCUCCCUCUGUCUCUACCCACCCAUCAGCUACAGUGGAGUGGAAAACCACAUGUCUACAUUGGCAGCAACGUUAAGAAAACUUUUGGACGUGAUUAGAGCCAGCCAUGUGUGUGGAGAAGCAGAGCUGACCUGGGUUCAGUUUUUAGAGGCAGCCGUCGAUCACAAUGUUCAGAAAGCCAAAGAAUCGAUUGAGCUGGACAGCUGAUUAAAUGUAAUAAAAAGUUGGUAACAUGCAUUUAA